AUGCGGAGGAGGAAGGAUCGUAGGAAUUUUCGUCCUUCGAUUUUAUCCGUCCAAUUACCAUCCAACAUUUUAAUUAAAAUUUCAUUUUCAUUUUGAUGAGCCAACGAAAACGAAUGAUGGGCAUUCCUUAACAAUCUCAACUCCCAAUCACAAGUUUCAGAAGAUAUUUUUUUUUCGCCAUUUUGGCAACAGAGUCGACUCAGUUCUUUUUCCUGUUCUUCUUCAUUACUCGAACUCAUUCACUCACUCACUAUGUCCAAUUACAAGCUAUUGAACACCAAUUUCAGUCACUGGGUUCGCCUCUAGUUAAAAAUUAAAUUUUCCAGAGAAAAUUUUCAGAAUUUUCUUUCUUCUGUUUUCUCGAGAACCAAACGUGCCACAUGGGAUUGGGACUGAUUCGCUUAACGUGCAGAGACAGAGAUUACUACAAUUAUUCCUACAUCAAACGAAUCGGAAGAUCUAGAAGAAGAUGGAAUCUCAGCUUGGUCUGAUUGAGCAAUCCUUGAACGAGUCGUAUUCGCUAUGGGCGCGAGAAGCCCUAGACGAAUUGCCCGACAAUUUCACGAUCACCGACCCCUGCAUCUCCGGCCACCCGAUCGUCUUUGCGAGCCGGGGGUUUCUGAAGAUGACGGGGUAUUCGAAGUCCGAGGUGGUCGGGAAGAACGGGAGGAUAUUUCAGGGCCCGGCAACUAGCCGGAGGUCGGUCAUGGAGGUUCGCGAGGCGGUUCGUGAGGAGAGGGCGGUGCAGAUCACGCUCGUGAAUUAUCGGAAGGACGGGACGCCGUUUUGGAUGCUGUUUCAUAUGUGCCCUGUUUUCAGGAAGGUGGAUGGGAGGGUGAUCAACUUCGUGGCGGUUCAGGUUCCGGUUUCGAGGAAAUUGAGGCGGUUCCGGAGUGGGUUUGUCGGAGGAAAUGUUGGGGCUGAUUGUUCCGAGGAGAUUAACGACGUCGUUUAUGGGUCUUGCAGGAGGGAGGUGUGUUCGGAUUCUUUGUUGGAAAUGGGUCGGGUUUUGGCUCUUGAUUCUGAUGUUAGAGAAUUGGAGAUCGAAGAACCAUGUGAAGCAAGUGAUGUAGAGAAGAGAAGUGCUGCUUCCGCUAUUAACAACGUCUUGUCUAUGCUAACUCACUAUAGCGAGUCGACCGGCAGACUUGUGUGUGGAAAGAGAUGCAGCUUAUCUGGGGUGGGCCAUCUAAGUUCAUCCUUAACUAUUUCUCUUGGUAGAAUCAAACAAAGCUUUGUAUUGAUUGAUCCGCACUUACCUGACAUGCCCAUAGUUUAUGCGAGUGAUGCCUUCCUAAAGUUGACAGGCUAUACCAGGCACGAAGUAUUGGGUUGCAACUGUAGGUUUCUCAAUGGUGCGGAUACGGAUUCCUUGACUUCUAAUCUGAUAGAGGAAAGUAUUCGAAUGGAACAAGCAUGCACAGUACGUAUCUUGAAUUACAGGAAGGAUAAAAGUUCGUUUUGGAAUUUUCUUCACAUAUCACCAGUUCGCAAUGCUACUGGCAAGAUUGCAUACUUGGUGGGUGUUCAUGUGGAAGAAGGUUUUACCAACCGGGGUGGACUUGGGCAUGGACUGAGCCCUGAAAUGAGGCAGCUUAGCACAGUUGGUGCUGUUAAGAUAGCUGUGAGGAGUUUAUCAAUGGCUGCCGGCCCUUCCAAGCCUUAGCACCUUGUGAUCUAUGUUACCUUUUUAGGCUUCAGUAUUUUCAUAUUGUGAAGGAUAGGAAACAGAAAUCAGAAGAAAUUUGGUCAUAUAUACUUAACCGGAUUAUUGUCUCAGUAUAUAUAUAUAUAUAUAUAUUUUUAUAUAUUUAUAUGACGAAAAAGCAAUUACCGUUGCAACUCAAAUAUUCUUAUAUAUUUUAUAGACGUGUGAUCUGCCUAGGACUGAAAAGUGCAAGGUUACUUGUUACCAAAAAAAAAAAAAAAAAAAAUGAGG